AAUUGUGAUAAAUAAAUAGCUCAUUUAAAAUGUCGCAAGUAAUACGUUUACAAUUUUACGACAUAAACGGCGAUUCAGUUCAUGAUCAAGUACUAAAUCUGUUAGAUUAUUUAAAUGAAUUAAAAUCUGUAGAAAAUAAUGAUAACAGAGAUGAUGUUGUAAACAAUAAUAACAAUAAUGAUAAUAAUAAUAUCCAAUUAUUUGUUGCGACUCAAUUAUCUAAAGAAACUGAAGAACAAUUAACUUAUAAUCGUCUAACUGAUUUUAAUGUCGAUCAAUUAUUUCCAUUAUCUGUUGGAUCAUUUUUGUUAGUAAACGAUAAAGAAUUACUAAACAUUCAAACUUUACAUAUCAUCGCUUAUGAAAAUAAAUAUUUACGGUAUUAUUCAACUACUUAUUUAGGGUAUAUCUUAAAUAUAGUAUUGGAUCUUUUUCAUUCAUUGGAAGACAUUAGCACACAUAUGAUUGGUGAAUAUAUUUCAACAUUAGAAAUUUAUUUGAAAAAUAAAUAUAGAGCUAUUGAUGCAUAUUUACCCGUAUCUAUGAGAUUAAUUGAAACGUCAAAUUUAAUUAAAUGUUUUGAUAAAGAUAAAUAUUUUGUACGUUUAGUUUAAUGUUAAUUAUUUUAAAAAAUAAUUUAUUUAUAAAAAAUUUUUUAAACUGAACGUAUAGUACUAGUCAAAAAACUCAAUUAACCAAGCUGAGCAUCCGCUGCUUUCGUAUAAAUUUAAGUCGAUAAUCUGUUUGUUUUUAAGGAAAAACUUGAAUUUAUUAUAAAGUUAGAAAGUAUCAAGAUUGGCUACUUAGGAAUUUUAAAUCUGUACAGAGAACUUUUUAAAUUAAAAAAUACCGUGACAUUUGUGGUACCCAAUUCUAGUAGGAUUAAAUUAAAUUAUACUUUUAUCUAAGGUAAAAGACCCAGUAUCUGAUCAGGGAACUAGUAUUCGAUCACACGUAUUUGUAAAUCUAUAUCUACUAAAUUUGACUAAAUAUAGAUGUACGAAUACAUGAAGUGAUCGAGUAAUUCCCUAAUCGGGUACUAGACCUCCAACCUUACUUGUUCUUAUUCAAAAACAAAUAAAAAAUUAUAAUUGAGAUUAUUUU